AUGGCUCUUGUGCCUGUAGCAGGAGCAAUUGCGGGCGCGACCGCCGCCGCUGCCUAUCUCGAUGCGAGAUUUCACAUCCGCAAAGAUCUCCACUCCAUCCGAAACGUAAAGGCGACCGAGAGGGACUUUCAGAGAGCGGGGGCGAAUAACCGCGGCAGUCUGUGGUACUAUUUCGAAGCGCAAGCGAACCGACUCCCUGAAACCGAAGAAGCCAUCUGGUCGCGAGCGGGAUGCUACACAUGGGGCGAGACGUACGCAAACGCAUGCCGAUACGGACAGUACUUCCUCCAGAAUGGCCUCAAGCCAGGGGUGCUGGUGAGCUUCUAUCUCACGAACCAGCCCGAGUUUAUAUUCGCACAUCUUGGAUCAUGGUCGGUCGGGUCGGCUCCCGCUAUGAUAAACCACCAUCUGGCUGGCGAUGCCUUGGUGCACUGCCUGAAGGUUGCGGCAUCGAAGCUGUUGCUUGUGGAUGAAGAUCCGGACGCACAGCAAAGGAUCGAGGCCGUAAGAGAUAGGAUCGAGGGCGAGCUCGGCAUGACGAUCAAAGUACUGGACAAGCGGUUGAAGGGCGAGAUUCUCCGCCUGGAGCCAAAGAGGCCGGAGGAUGAGUAUCGGACCGGCAUUGUGGGAACCUUCCCUAUGUGCCUGAUGUACACCAGCGGCACAACGGGCCACCCUAAGGCCUGCCCUUUCGAGAUGCAAAGGGCUGGUGGUCUCGUCGGCGGACGCAUUCGUGAUCUAGACCUUUCGCCCGGCCCCAACGGCGAUCGAUGGUACAUCUGCAUGCCGUUAUAUCAUGGCACCGGAAACACAACGGCUCUCUCCUGCAUGAUGUCCGGCGUGACGCUAUGCAUUGGCAAGAAGUUCUCGACAUCAAGGUUCUGGACCGACAUCCGCGACUCGAACUCUACCGCUUUCGUCUAUGUAGGAGAGACGGCCCGAUAUCUGCUGGCCAACCCGCCGAGCGAGUUGGACAGGAAGCACAAGGUGAAGGUCAUGUUCGGCAACGGCAUGCGCCCAGACGUAUGGCAUCGCUUCGUCGAUCGAUUUGGUAUCAGGACCGUAGCGGAGUUUUUCAACAGCUCGGAAGGCGUUUUCGGGCUGAUAAACGUCUGCCGCGGACCCUUCCUCGCAACCUCGGUUGGACAUCAUGGUGCUAUCAUGCGGGCAGCUCUACGCAACACAUUCGUACCCGUCGAAAUUGACUACGAGGCGGGCGGCAUCCUACGAGAUCCGAAGACAGGAUUCGCCAAACGGAAGUCCUAUGAAGAAGGCGGCGAAAUCAUCGUCGCGCUCCCCAACGAGGCGGCUUUCGUAGGCUACUACAACAACCCGGAAGCCACAGAGAAGAAGUUCGAGCGGAAUGUCUUCAAAAAGGGUGACCUCUGGUACCGGACGGGAGAUGCUCUGCGGCGGGAUGGUGACGGCCGGUGGUUUUUCCUGGAUCGACUGGGCGAUACUUUCCGGUGGAAGUCGGAGAACGUGAGCACUGCAGAGGUCAGCGAAGUGGUUGGCCACUUCCCCGGCGUCAUCGAAGCCAACGUGUACGGCGUCGAGGUACCAGGCCAUGAUGGACGCGCGGGCUGUGCAGCAAUCUACAUCGACCCUGCACAGAUCUCCAUAUUCGACUUCAAUGCGCUGCUCGAGCACUGCCGUGCGAAGCUGCCACGGUACGCUGUCCCGGUGUUCAUACGGGUGCUGAACGACCUCACGACGAUGCACAACAAUAAGCAGAACAAGGUCCCAUUGAGGAGCGACGGCAUCGACCUGAGGAAGCUGCAGGAGAGGACGGAGCAGGAGGCCACAGCGAACGGACUAAAGAAGGAGAGCAUCAAGUACGACACCAUGUAUUGGUGUCCCGCUGCUCUCAGCAGCAUGCACGCUGGUGAAGAAGACGAGGGCUAUAUCGUGUAUACGAUGGAGGAUUGGGACGGGCUGAGGAGCAAUAUGCAUGGUCUUGCUAAGCUAUAG